AUGCCAGUGCCACCGCAAGCCCAAAAGGUUCUCGACGAUAUUGACAAGCAGCUCCACGAGCCGAGCACUGUCACCAAUGUGCUCGCCACUGUUGAGCAGAAGACCGGCGUCAAGAGACUCCACCUCGUGCUUGGCGUGCUCGGACUCCAGGCUCUCUACCUCGUCUUCGGACACUCGGCUCAACUCGUCUGCAACUUUAUGGGUUUCGUUUAUCCAGCUUACAUGAGGUAGGGAAACUAUAAAACUGAAUCAUAUGAAUCACGAUUGAAUGCAAACAGUAAAGUGGAAUGCUUUGAAUUCAAUUCAGUAAUAAAAUGUUUGAUUUUCAGCAUCAAGGCCAUCGAGUCGAGCAACAAGGAAGAUGACACUCAAUGGCUCACCUACUGGGUCGUUUUCGCCAUUCUCUCUGUUCUGGAGUUCUUCUCCGUUCAAAUCGUGUCCGUCUUCCCCGUCUACUGGCUCUUCAAGUCUCUCUUCCUCCUCUACCUUUACCUGCCGUCCUUCCUCGGAGCCAGCAAGCUCUACCAUAGGUAAAUCAUGAGUCUGAUAAGUUUUCUUCAAUUUAGUCCGUUUUUUACAGAUUCAUCCAGCCAUUCGUCACCAAGCACUCCGGAGUCAUCGACUCGAAGAUCAGCAACCUCACCAACAAGGUCAACAACGCCGCCGGAAAGCUCGCCAACGAGGUCCGCGACCACCUCGAGUAGAUCGACCAACUUCCUUUUCAUGUGCUCUAAUUAUUGAAACAUUUUUUAUUCUAUCUGUCACCCCUCGAUUUUGCCCUACACGAUCCCCUUUCCAAUUUCCUUUCUUUCCCUUAUUCAUUUUGUUUCGGUUAGGUCCUCUCCCUACUCUGAUCUUUUUGCCGUUCUCAUUUUGUCCUCUAUCUUUUCCCGAUUCUGCUCGACAUAAUGAACUUUUUUAACGGAAUCAUGUUUAUUUUGGAAUGAACAAAAGGGGGAAACCAAUUGCCACAUCCUAAAUACUUGAAUGAAAGCAAGGUCGUGGCCGUGCUUUCGCUCUCACGUGUGAGAGGAAAUCAAUUGAUUGCAGGGCGAUGGACGAGUACAAGGAACUGAUCAGUGUUCUGCCGACGGAGACGAUCCAAUAUGCGUUUGCGUACGGAUCAGGUGAGCGAACCAUUUAGAAUCGUAGUCAGAAGACGUCGCUUCAGGAGCCAUCCAGCAGAAGAACGAGAACAAAUCGGAGAAGAUGGUCGAUUUCAUCGUCGUCACGAAGGACGCGCAGGAGUUUCACCGCGAGAACGUCGCCCGGAAUCCGCAGCAUUACAGUCUUCUCCGACUGAUUGGUCCCCGAAUGCUCGAGAAGAUUCAGUGCAAUUUCGCCGCCCGAGUCUACUACAACACGCACGUGAACGUCGGUAAACGAAAAAUCAAAUACGGAGUGAUUUCGUACGAAAAUGCCAAACAGGAUCUGCUCGACUGGAGGUGGAUUUACGUCGCCGGACGUCUUCAUAAACCAGUGCUGGAAGUGAUAAAACCGAACGAAGAUAUGUGCGAUCUGGUGUCGCAGAACAGACUGUCCGCCCUCCAUUCGGCGCUUCUUCUCCUGCCCGAAUCGUUCUCGCUCAAACAACUUUUUCACAAGAUUGUCGGACUCUCGUACACAGGAGACUUCCGAAUGAUCGUCGGAGAAGACAAGAAGAAGGUGGAGAAGAUUGUAGAAGGAAAUUACGAAGAGCUUUUGCGUGUCUACGAGCCUUUGAUGAACGACGACGCUAGGCUUUCAGUAAUGACUCCGGAAAAGGCGGUCCAGGACGGAUCGACGGCCGCCAUUUACCAUCGGCUCAAUCUUCUGCCUUCUGAAGUGCUCAAUCGGAUUCAGAAGAAUAUGAACAGAGCACAGAAGAGACAACGGGAUGCCGAAGAGGUCAGUUUGCAGAAAACAACUGGACGCAAUGCCACAUUUCCAGGUGAUCUUCUCUCUGGCACAUCGUCAUGACGUAGCCGCAACUGUCGAAACGGCAAUCGGAGGAAUCAUCCGUCCGGUUUCGUUCUCGCAAACUACUAAAAACGCUUUCUCGGCCGGAAUCACGCGGUCUAUCGUGUACAGUAUGGCCAAAAUGAGUAAAUUCCUGAAAAGCAAGUAA